CUUAUAUAACCGCUCGGCGGCACGGGCGCCUCUCCAGGAACAAAAACCACCAAAAACAACCGUUCCUUUUCAGCACACAAGGGAGCGUAGAGAUCGAUCGAUCGAGGCGCGUACAGUGUCCGUUCCCGCCCGCCGCCCGUCCGCCAUGGACUUCCUCUUCGUGGAGAAGCUCCUCGUCGGGCUCCUCGCGUCGGCGCUGGUGGCGAUCGCCGUGUCCAAGAUCCGCGGCCGCAAGCUGAAGCUGCCCCCUGGCCCGCUCCCCGUGCCCAUCUUCGGCAACUGGCUGCAGGUCGGCGACGACCUCAACCACCGCAACCUGGCUGCCAUGGCGCGCAAGUUCGGCGAGAUCUUCCUCCUCCGGAUGGGGCAACGGAACCUGGUGGUGGUCUCCUCCCCGCCGCUGGCCCGGGAGGUGCUCCACACGCAGGGCGUGGAGUUCGGCUCACGCACCCGCAACGUGGUGUUCGACAUCUUCACGGGGGAAGGCCAGGACAUGGUGUUCACCGUGUACGGCGACCACUGGCGCAAGAUGCGGCGCAUCAUGACCGUGCCCUUCUUCACAAACAAGGUGGUGCAGCAGUACAGGGCCGGGUGGGAGGCCGAGGCCGCCUUCGUGGUCGACAACGUCCGGGCCGACCCCAGGGCCGCCACGGACGGCGUCGUGCUCCGGCGGCACCUGCAGCUCAUGAUGUACAACAACAUGUACCGCAUCAUGUUUGACCGGAGGUUCGAGAGCUUGGACGACCCGCUGUUCCUCCGUCUCAGGGCGCUCAACGGCGAGCGCAGCCGCCUCGCGCAGAGCUUCGACUACAACUACGGCGACUUCAUCCCCAUCCUGCGCCCCUUCCUCCGGGGAUACCUCAGGUUGUGCAAGGAGGUCAAGGAGACCCGGCUCAAGCUAUUCAAGGAUUACUUCCUGGAGGAGAGGAAGAAGCUGGCGAGCACCAAGGCCAUGGACAACAACGGGCUCAAGUGCGCCAUUGAUCACAUCCUGGAGGCGCAGCAGAAGGGGGAGAUCAACGAGGACAACGUGCUCUACAUCAUCGAGAACAUCAACGUUGCCGCGAUCGAGACGACGCUGUGGUCGAUCGAGUGGGCGAUCGCGGAGCUGGUGAACCACCCGGAGAUCCAGCAGAAGCUGCGCGACGAGCUGGACACGGUACUGGGCGCCGGGCACCAGAUCACGGAGCCGGACACGCACAAGCUCCCGUACCUCCAGGCCGUGAUCAAGGAGACGCUGCGGCUGCGGAUGGCCAUCCCGCUGCUGGUGCCCCACAUGAACCUCCAGGACGCCAAGCUGGGCGGCUACAACAUCCCCGCCGAGAGCAAGAUCCUCGUCAAUGCCUGGUUCCUCGCCAACAACCCGGAGGAGUGGAGGCGGCCCGACGAGUUCCGGCCCGAGCGGUUCCUGGAGGAGGAGAAGCACGUCGAGGCCAACGGCAACGACUUCAGGUUCCUGCCCUUCGGCGUCGGCCGCAGGAGCUGCCCCGGGAUCAUCCUCGCGCUGCCCAUCCUCGGCAUCACCAUCGGACGCCUCGUGCAGAACUUCGAGCUCCUGCCGCCGCCCGGCCAGGACAAGCUCGACACCACCGAGAAGGGCGGCCAGUUCAGCCUCCACAUCUUGAAGCACUCCAACAUCGUCGCCAAGCCCAGGGUGUUCUAACAAGUGCUUUGGUUGGAAUGAGGACUUGCCGCUUUUGGUUUCAUGUUGUACUUUCGUGCAUGUUUGCUCUGCUCGUCUCAAGUCCUUGAUUAUAAUUUAUAGAUAUCCAUGUCUGCGGGGUAGAUACAUGUUAUGUUAAUGUUAUCUGCAAGAAACAGAAGAAUUAAACAAAUGUCAAAUGGGAAUGAAAAGACCAGGCUUCCAUCAUA